AUGUCUGUCAUGGUGUGGAAACCACUACUGCUGCUGCUGCUGCUGCUGCUCUGGGCUGUACCCAUGUUCCAGAGUAGGAAGACAAGGACACUUUUAUCCUACAAGGGGAUCGGAGAGCAGUGUACCUACAAUUCGGAGUGUCAGAGUGACUGCUGUGUCACUAACAGCUUGAACCCACAGAAAUUCUGCACCCCCCAGACCGUGUUCUUGCAAUGUGUGCCCUGGAGGAAGCCAAAUGGGCACUUAUGUGAAGAACAUUCAGAAUGCUAUAGCAAAUGCUGCGUCAGGACUGGUGACAGCCCAAAGAAGUUCUGCUCAGCAAAGUCCAUCUUCUUGCAGUGUGUAUCUUGGCGCAAGCAUGAAGGGGUCAAAUGCCGCAGCCACUCGGAGUGCUGGAGCCUAUGCUGCCUCCCACUGAGCGAGAACAGCUCUCCCCACUGCACAAAGAGAACUGGACUCCUGGCCUUGUGCCUGCCAGUGCUUUGA